AAGACGCAUUGCUGCCUUCUUUCACCGAAGCUCAACAGCCACAGCUGUGUUCACAGCCAAACAGAUACUACUGGAGCUUCCACCAUAUAAGUUAAUCAUCGAUGUCGCAAUGCGCUGGAACAGCAGUCUGGAUAUGAUCUAACGCUACCUCGAACAGCAAGCGGCUGUGACAGCAGCUCUCCUGAGCAACGAUGUUCGACGAAAUGUCCGUGACAUCGAUACUUUGGAUGGCUCAGACAUCAGUGAUGCGGAGGACAUUGUGAAUCUUUUAAAGCCACUCAAAACAGCCACAACUGUGCUGUGUGACGAAAAAAAAACCACUGUGUCUCUCAUUGUGCCCUUAAAGCAUGUGAUCGAGCAUAACAUGGCAUCCAAAGAAGAAGAUUCCCCCACUGUGAGCAACAUAAAGAAAGCUAUACUGAACAAUCUUCACACCAGAUACACUUCAGAGUACAACCACCUGCUGGAGUGCACCGCAUUAGACCCCAGAUUCCGGACUCUGCCUCAUCUAGAGAAAGAACAAUGCGAUGAUGUAUUCCACGGACUGAAGGAGAAAGCUGUACUGAUGUUGCAGAACAAGGAUGAGGGCAAAGAAUGUGCCAGUGGUCACCCCCCUGCAGCAGAACAGCUUCUUGACCAGACAGACAGAGCAGGAACGGAGCUGAAACCACCUCCUUCCAAGAAAACGGCAUUGGAAGAUCUCCUUGGAGGGACUUUUGAUGAACCAGUUGCACAGCACAUCAGUCAGAUUGAUGCAGAAAUGAUUAAGUACAGAGCUGAAACAUCAAUUUCUCUCAAUAGCUGUCCACUCAAGUGGUGGAAAGAGAAUGAUAGGUUGUACCCACUGCUAUCCAGUAUAGCAAAAGCAUAUCUCUCCACACCAGCCACCUCUGUCCCUAGUGAAAGGGUUUUUUCAUCGGCAGGGGACAUUGUGAAUGUGCAGAAAUCUCAGCUUCUGCCAGAAAAUGUGGACAUGCUGAUAUUUCUUUUAAAAAAAACGUAAAAAAAAGAUUCUUUUUUGACUUGUUUUCCAGUGUUUUGAAACAAGGUUAAAUUGAGAUGCAUUUACUUAAGAGCCUAAGUGCCUUCAAGUUAGUUUGUUUACAUGAAAAGAUUUAAUUUAUUUGGGAUUUGUUUUAAUAUUCCA